UCCUGGAGCAAAGAUCAUCUCUGUCAUCAUCACUCGACCAUGAGAGCUGGCCUGUUCAUCUCUCUCUGCCUCCUGGUGUGUAGGCUGGCCUGUGUCAGCGGCACGGCAUCCCUGAGACGCCAGAAGAGGGCAUGGAUCAUCAACUCGUUUGAAAUUGAAGAGGGCCACCCUGGACCCUUUCCUUAUGAGCUAGGCCAAAUCCAGAUUGAACGAACGUACCGUGUGCAGUUUGAGCUCAUGGGGGAAGGGGUGGAUAAAGAGCCCAAGGGACUCCUCUCCAUCGAUAAAGCAAGUGGAACGGUGCUGGUCCACAAGGCAGUCGACUACGAGGAACACCAAAAUCUGAGACUUACAUUUGAGUCAAGGAAGACAGAUCAAGCAAUUGAUACAAAACUAGGUGUUGAGAUUGGCAUAUUGGACAUCAACGACAAUCCACCACUCUUUCAGAGAGACGUGUAUAAAAUUGACGUGGGAGAGUCAACCCGACAAGGUUCCUAUCUACUCUCUGUCUUGGCCCAUGAUAAAGACCAGCGAGGUUCACCAAACUCAACAUUUGACUACAAAAUGGUGUCUGUGUCCCCACAACCGGCAAAUGCUGAGUUUUUCAUCAACAAUCAUGGCUCAAUCUCCUUCACAGGCUGCUUGGAAUAUGAGGCAACUGAGAAUUACACGCUGGUGGUGAAGGCACAGGACCACGGUGAGGUGGUCAGUCUUUCAAGUUCGACAACUGUCAUCAUCAAUGUUCAGGAUGAGAACAACCACCUGCCAACUAUCACUGGCUACACAGGAAGCAGCAAGGUGCUGGAAGGAAGUUCUGGAAUGUCACCCCUCCGACUGCAUGUAACUGACAUGGACACCAAGGGUACCCCAGCAUGGAGAGCCAAGUUCACCAUUGAGGGAAAUGAGGGAGGCCACUUUAAGAUUGAGACGGACCCUGAAACCAACAAUGGAAUUCUGACAGUAGUAAAACCCUUGGACUUUGAGGAUGGUGCAGAAAGAGAACUGUCUGUGUCCGUGGAGAACGAGGAGCCAUUCUUUUCCUGCGAAGUGAAGAACAGGGCCGUCUCUGGCCUGUGGACCGUUGACACAACCGCAGCACUGCCUCAGCGUAGCUCUGAGCGCUUCAUCAUCCACAUAGAGGAUGCCAACGACCCACCCAUCUUUACCAUGCCAGUGAAAGACACCUCCAUGAUGGAGAACGCAGAGGUGGGAUCCCCUGUGGAGGCCAUGACUGCUGUUGACCUGGACUCCAGUCACGCAAAGGAGUUUGUGUAUGUGAAGGGAUACGAUCCAGACGACUGGGUGACUGUAGACCUCCAUACUGGCCACAUCACCACAGCCAAAUUACUGGACAGAGAAUCUCCCUUCAUGGACAAAGACGUCUACACGGUCAUACUCUACGCUGUUGACAACGGUGAGCCGCCCUUGACAGGCACAGGGACCCUGAGGAUCCAUGUAAGGGAUCAGAAUGACAACGUGCCACAGUUGACUGUGAGCUAUCUGGACAUGUGUGUGUCUGAUGGCCCAACCACAGCCAACAUCACAGCCUUUGACCUGGACCUGGAUCCAUACGGAGGGCCUUUCCUGUUUCAACUCCUGGGAGACACUGAUGGGAAAUGGAGUCUGGAUCCUUCAAAUGGUCAUUCAGUCAAUCUGGUGAAAGAGACUAGUGUGUAUGCUGGGUCCCACACUGUUGAGAUGAAGAUCUCGGACUUGCAAGGCCAAUUUGCGAUGUAUAACCUCUCUGUAACUGUGUGUGACUGCUCUGUCACACCCAGCUGCCAGACAGGCAGAGUCACUGUCACACAAAUGGGAUACGGAGCCAUCGGAAUCGUGUUCACCUCCUUGAUUGUGUUGCUAUUUUUCCUGUCGUUGUCUGUCGUCAUCUUUUGUGGAAAGGAGCAGUCCAUCAUUCAUAUAGACAGCUCAGCAGACAGCCUGCUCCACACUAACACAGAAGCACCAGGAACUGACUGCAUGGUUCCUGUUGUGCCACUAGUGCUGCCGACAGAUCAACAGAAAACAAUAUGGUCACAAUGGCAUCCACAUCCCAGGGGAAUGGAACAAAGCCAGUUCACUAAAACGGUUUUAGAUCAAAACUUCAGUUUUCAUGGUGCCAGAGGUUAUGGACAGGAGCAUCUUCAACUGUUCAAUGACAACUCGCUGUACAAGAUAUCACCGUGUGCAAUUACAAACAGCUACCACCAUCAGGGAUUCGUUCAGAUAAAGAAGUAUAGCAACAAUAAAAUGAACUGUGGCUCUGAAACAGAUGAAGCCUUUCUGUCCCUGCUUCACCAGAGGUUGUACUCCAUCCAGGCUCCAGGGGAAGAGCUGGGGGACUACGACCCACACCCCUAUGCCCUUGAGGGGGACUUGGAAACCCAGUUCCAACUGGACGUCAUCUCCAUCCCUGAUGACACCUUGGACAUUGGAGAUCUGCAGGAUCUCAGCCCAAAGUUCAAUCAGCUGGCUUCUCUCUGCAUCCCUGAUUCUGCCAAGCAUUGA